AUGCUUGCUUUCACUUUCAAUGUUUUGAUUUGAUAAUGUCAGUUGAUGACAACAAACACGCGACUAUUGCAUAUUGAAACGGAGACAUUACCAUUUAAGGAAGAAACGACGAGUCACUUUUAGGAUAUUCUUUACGAUAAUAUGCAAGAAAUGCCGGAACCACAGCCGUCUAAAUGUGAGGGGGAGCGGAAUCAAGAAUGCAUCCUACAACAAAGAAUAGAGACGGUUAGCAUUGGCAAUAGAACCAUGAAGAUGGAGACAGAUGUAUUUAACCCUUCCCACACUGCAGAGCUCCAAUUCCUCAGGUCACGGGUUCGGGAACUGGAGAAAGAGAAGGCCGAAAUGGCGGCUGAAAACCAAUGGCUGCAAAACAUGCUAGUAAAGGAAAUCCCUGACCUGCUGUCUACCAUGUGGCAGAACUUGGGCCAAGCCAACCACCCCCCCUACCCAGCAGUGUCCCCACAGGCUGUCUCCACAGCAAUAGUGAGGGGCGAGAGCUACACAUACACACACCACUCUGUGUCAGGACACUCUGGCCGAGGGUUCAGUCCCCCACUUCAUCAUCAGCCCAUGUCCAACCGCUCAGCUAUGACUCAGGAUGACGUGAAUGGAAGCAUGUCAAACUUUGGAGCCGAGAUGGCCAUCAGUGAGCACAGUGUGGACGGAGACUUAGAGCUGAGUGACAUCACAGAGGACGACGACCCUCACAGCUCUCUGUUUGGCUCAGCAGCCGACCUACCCGGGAUGAGGACAUGCUCAGAGACACACUGUGUUAGUGGGACUGGCCAUGUAAACCAGGUGGAGGUAUACCCAAGUUCCGGCGUCUUCUGUGAAAUGCGGUCUUGGCAUGCAGCCAAUCAGACGCAGUCUCCCACGGCGAUGGCGCGCACUCUGUUGCUGGGCGUGUUCGACAUGGACACCCUGCUGAACAGCAACUUGCGAGGGGGGCGGAGCCGCAGACCAACCUUCCCCAACCACCGCACCGCCCUGGACCCACACAAGCUCAACGCCAUCUACAAUGCCACUCUAGCCCGCUUCCCAUUGGCCAGGAAGGGACAAAUUGGCACCGGCAUCAACUCCAAGCUGUCUGAGAUCCGGUUCCGAUCCAGGAGAGCCAACCGGGACCCCAGUUAUCUAUGAAGGACUGUUCCUGCCCACACACCCAGUUGAAUCAAAUCAACAUUUUAGUUCUAGUAUUUUAUCACAUUAACCGUUCAACUGUAUCAGUAUAUGAGUACAUGUGCGUGCAGAAUGUCUUGCCUAUGAAUUUUUCCACAUUGGCUUAAACAUUGGCUUCUGCUGGAGGUUCUGUGGAAGAGAAUGGUAAAAGGACUCAAAAGAUGGGCUAAUGAUAGAGGAAGGAUUCAAAGCCAGUGGAACAACGUACAUAAGAACCGGCUUUGAUGGUUAAAUCCCCACUCUGUCGCCGACCAACCAUUCGUAAACCACACAUGUGAACGAUCCCCUGGGUAGUCUCUCUGACUGACAGAGAUGCAUAGAUCCAGGACUGCUGAUCCGUGUGUGACCAACCAGUGGAGGACCGGAGGCUUCAGUCAUGUCUUACCAGACAGACGCCUCUCUGUCGUUGACCUCUACCCAUCUAGACAAAGGAGGCAAGAGGGGAUUGGAGGGAGGCCAAACUAUAUUUCUCCAUUGAUUUCUCUGAUCCUAGGCAUUAAGCUCACUCCAAAAGCUCCAUUACCACCCCCAGGUCCCCUCUGCACCCUCUCCCUCCAAUCCUCUCCUUCCGCCUGAGAGGAGAAUCAAUUUGUGGCCCCCGCCCACCCAGCCUUCCCUGGAGGUGUCACAGCUCCCCAUGCCUAAUGGACCCACAGGUACUCUGAGCCUCCAGGAGGAUGACAGAAGAAAUUCAUUCAUCUUAAAGGACUUAAACAGUGUGUCAUUCUCCCCAAGUUCACCAUGUCCACAGAGCCCACAUGAAGAGAACAUGACUGGGGAUUUGGCCUGAUGCAUAUAUGAGGUAUUGGAUUAGAUGUAACCGUUGGUAAUGAGGAACGGUCAAGUUGUUAUUUUAUAUCCGGUCAUGUCUGAUGUUCAAGAUGUUGAAUGUUUGAUGCGAAUGCGAAUGCAUUAAAAGGCUGCUGUUUUUCAUUGCCCUUCAUGUUGUCUCCCUCUAGUCAUCGGAACGAUUUGAGAAAUUACACAUUAACCAAUUGCUUAAAAGCUACUUAGUUUUCGGUAAAUGAGAAAGAGAGAGGAGAAGAUGAUAGGCAAUGAAUCACUAGCCCAUUGAUAAAUUGAAAUAUCCAUUACGGUAGUCCACCUACUGGGCACACCACUUCAUUUCAACGUGAAGAAUUGGAUAUUAUUUGGUUGAUACGUUGAUCAACGAGAUUACAACCUAUUUUCAACCAUUCAAAAAGACAGCCAAAAGUUUGUUGAAUUCCUAAUCACUAUGCUUUCAACCAUCUUAAAGCACAACCAAAUUCCAAUGGAAAAUCAAUGUCUAUUUUUUGGUUCAGUUGUCACCUAAAUGUGUUAUCGCUAUGCUUUCAACCAUUUUAAAAGCACAACAAAGUUCAAAUGGGAA